UCCAGUCUCUGGUCCAGAACCGAUUCAGUUCUGCUCCUCUUUAGACAAAUGUGUCAUAUAUUCUUGGCCUGUUUAAAUGGAGCUUUUCCACUGAGACCUGAAAUCCGGGUCAGAACCAGCAGUCUCGAGUCCUGAGCCAGGACCAGACCAGAGCCUGGACUUAAACCAGACCAGAAAUAAGUGUCCUCAAUCCCUGUAUGUCAGAUGCCUUUCCAUUCUCCUGUAUCCCAGUGAGGCAGAUGCCCUCACAUCCUCCUGUAUCCCUGUGUGUAAGAUGCCCUCCCAUCCUCCUCCCUUCAGGUGCUGAUGGCAUCCCCUGAGUCCUCCCUGAUGGAGGACCAUAACCCAGAUUCUGAUCUAGAUCCAAGUCUGGACUCAGGUUUAGACCCCGGUCUGGACUUGGAGGACCCGUUCCGUAGCCUGCCCUCGUCAUGUGGGGGUUUCUUGCGCCUCUCUCGACCCUGUGUGUAUGUGUUUCCUGGGGGAAGGGGUGACUCGGCACUCCUCGGGGUCAGUGGGUACUCCCUGCUGGUGAACGGAGGAGACCAGAGGAAGUCCUGUUUCUGGAGGUUAGUCCGACACUUGGACCGGCUCGACGCAGUGCUGAUCACUCACACCGGUGCAGACAACCUCCCCGGAAUCAAUGGCUUUCUUCAGCGCAAAGUGGAGGAGCUCAGGGUCCAAGAGGAGCAGGGUCUUAACCAGCAGCCAGAACAGGACCAAGAGAAGAACCAGGACUGGAUCCAGAACCUGGUCUCCCCCGAGGUGGGACUGGUCUUCUGGAACCAGCCCGAGCGUCUGUGGUCCCUGGUCCGGUCUGGUUCUGGUCCGGUCAGGUCUCAGUCCGGUUCUGGUCCGGUUCGGUUUCGGCGCAGUGCGGAGGAGGCGGCUCUGACCCUGAGCCUGAUUGAACGUUUGGACUUGGAGGUUCUGCCUCUGACCCGCGGGCCUUCUCCAGAACCUGUGGUGCUGUUUAGUAAACUGGGCGUGGGCCGCCUGGACAUGUAUGUGCUGUGUCCAGAGGGGGGCAGCGCUGAGCUGGACUUUCUGCGGCACAGGUGGACCGGGUCAGGUUGUGCCCGGGGAGGGGUGAGGCAGCCCGAUGGGACGCGGGCACAGGUCCCGGUGCCCUUCCUGGCCUCGGGCGCCGUGCUGCUGGUCUGGACUCCGUUUGGAUCGGACCAGAGCCCUGUCCGGGUCCUGUUCCCCGGAAACGCUCCUCAGAGCCGAGUCCUAGAGGGUUUGCACCGGCUCCGGCACCUGGACUUCCUCAGGACUCCGACCGCGGCUCAGACCAAGAACAAGGAGGCCACUGGCUCCAAAACUUCAUCUACAACUGCCAGAACCUUCAGAACUGGACAAAAGACAGACUUGGGCCAAGAGAAGAUUCGGACCAAAGCACGGAGAGAUGAGAGCAGAGAGGACGCGAAGGAUACAAGGAAGGACACUAAAAAGGAUGUUAUGAAGCAUGCAAGAAAGGAUGCUAGAGGAGCAGGGAAGGAGACGAGUAAGGAGAAAUCCAAGGAGAGAUCCAAGGAGGCAUCCAAGGAAAGGAAGAAGGAGGUGAAAACUGUAAAGAAAAAAUCUGUGGUGGACAAGGAGGUUAUGAAAAAUGAGGAAAAGAAAGUGGCACCAAAACUCAGCUCUAAAACAGGAACUAAACUUGGUACCAAAACUGGGACUAAACCAGGAACUAAACCAGGAACUAAACCAGCGGCUAAACCUGUGACUAAACCAGAAUCUGCUGUCAAACUAGAGGAAGAGAAGGGUGUGAGGAAAAGAGGCAAGGAGAAAGGAGGCAUGGAGACCAAGAGGACUUUGAAAAAAUCUAAAAUAAAAUUGGAUGGAAGAGAAACCAAAGAACAAGGAGGAGUCCAGGAGAAAUACCUGGAGGAGGGUCUGGGGGAGGUUAUACCAGAGACCGAGGAAAAGGAGAUUGAAGCGAGAGAAGAUAAAUAUCUGGAGAAACAUUUGGAGGAGGUCUCACCACUCAGAGAAGAGAGAGGAGGAGAAGGAACCAGGAGAGAAGGAAUGGCAAAAGCGGGAAACUUGAAAGAAGAAAUUAUUAAACAACAACAAGGAGAGAGAGAGGGGCAGGAUAUUGAGGAGAUGAUCCAGGAGAAACAUCAGACUGUGGAGAAGGCGAUACCACACGGACAGAGAGAAGAGACAAUGAGAGAGAAGGCAGAAGAUACAGUCCAGGAGAAACAUCUGGAUUUACCACAAGCAGAGAAAGAGGAAUUAAUGAGAGAAGACAGAGAGGAGGAAGAGAAAGAGGAGAUGGUACAGGACAAACAUAAACCUCUGGAGAAGCAGAAACCAGAAGAAGAGAGAGAGGAGACAGUGAGCAAGGAGAGAGAAGAUACUGUCCAGGAGAAACAUCUGGAGAAACAUCUGGAGGAGGAAUCUGAGAAGGAGACAUCAGAGAAAGAGGAGACAGAGGAGGGAGAGAAGAAAGAAGAGAUGGUCCAGGAGAAACAUCUAGAGAAAGGGCUGGAGGAGGAGUUGGAGAAGGAUAUAAAAGAGAAAGAAGAGGAUAAAGAGGAGAUAGAGAGAGAGGAGACAGAAACUACUGUCCAGGAGAAACAUCUCACGGAGUCUAAACCAGAACUAAACGAGGACCAGACAAGAGUCCAGACCAAUCUACACCAGGACCAGACCAGGAUCGACCCAGAACUGUCUGAGAUCCAGGACUUAGAGACCAUUGCUGAUGAGGAGAUACCAGCACCAACUGAAGAACUUCAACAAGAACCUGACCAAGUGCCUAAACCAGAGACUGGACCAGAGACCAGACCAGAGACUGGUCUACUGACAAAGGAGGAACCCAGAGAAGAGCAGAGGGAAGCAGAGGAACUGAAAACAGAAACCAGCCCAGAUACAGAGAUGAAUUUGACAAAAGUGGAGCUCACAGAGCAGGAACUAAAAGAAAAACAUGAACACAGAGAAGCAGACAAGAGAGAAGAUCAGGAAUUUAAAGAUGAGGAAAAGAAGGGAAAGACAGGAGGAGAUGUGCUGUUGGAGACGUUUAAAGCUUCAUCAAAAGAAAAGAUCAAAGAAUCAAAAACGGCAGGAGACAAGACUGAGGCUGAGCUUAGAUCUGAACAAACAUCAUGGUCCAGAGAGGAGCAGAGAUCUGAAGGAGAAACCAGGAGAGACACACCUGCACCUGGAGAAGAAGAGACAGACUUGGAGAUGCAAACUGGAGUAGAGCAGGAGUUUAAAACUCAGGAGAGUGAGGAGGUGAGAGGAGCUGCAGAUACAGAAGCAGGAGACGACAGCCUGGAGAAAUCUCAAACUCAGACUGUGGAAUCUAAAAGUGAAAGAGACAAAAUGGAGGACCAAAAAUCAGGAACAUUUUACUCAGAUAAAUAUAAGACGCACACCAAAGAAUUUAAAGAUGAGGAAAAGAAAGUAACUAGUCCAGAGAUCAGUCCAGAGACCGGACCGGCAACCAGACCUGAUACCUGUCCAGAUAUCUGUCCAGAAACUAAACUAGAGACUAAACCAGAGACUAGUUCAGAGACCCAACCAGAGACCAAGCCAGAGUCUAUAAAUGAUGAUGGAGGAACAGAGGAGAGAGCUCAAACUGAAGUUAGGACCACAGGAGCAGAGAUGCAGGUAGGAGGAGACAAAUUAAAUGAUGAGACAGAUUCUAAGGAGCAGAAGCCUCUCAGUCCUGGGUCCAAACAAGAGAGGGACCAGUUCUAUGGAUUUGAACUGAAACCGGACCAAACUGCAGUAAAGCAGGAUUUUAUAGAAAGUGCAGAGGACACAAUGGAAGAUGAGGAGGAGGUUAAACCCAGAGACAAAGAUCAGGACUCACAGCCAAUAAAAACAACAUCUUUAAAGUUCUCAGAGAUAGAAGCAAGUGAAAUAAAGAAAAGAGAAAAGGAGACAGAGGAGAAGGGAGAGAGGGAGAGCGUUCAAUCCCAAAGCAGCUCUAAAGGACCUGAGCCGAGAGCAGAAACAGAUGAAGAAAACAUGAAGAAAAGAGAUGAAGGUGCAGAGGAGGACCAGGGAGAAAAGUAUUCCUCAUUGUCUUUCACUGAACAACUAACUAAAGAUUUACAAGGAAAAGAUACAAUAUCUCCUGCUGACAAAACUGUAGACAAAGGAGAAGUAAUGUCUGAAAAGGUUCAAAUGUCAGACCAAGAAGAGGCUGGGUCAAAAGUGAAGGGAGAAAGGGAGGAAGAGGAGGAGGGAGAGAAGCCAUUAUUGACUUUAGAACGCAAAACUGAAGGAGAUAUGAAGGAGGAAAGUAAAAAUAUCCAAGAUGGUGGUGCAAAGGAAGACCAAAAGGCUUUGUCCUCCUCUGCGGCUGCGAUUGAUGAGCAAACUGAAGCUUCAGGAGAGCCAUGUGGAUCAGAAAUCAUGUGUCCACCUUAUAAAACUGCAGACACAUGUUCUAAAACUCCAGGAGAAGUAUUUAAGAGAGGAGAUGGGGAAGAGGGAGAGGAGGAGGAAGGAAAGAUUAAGAUUGAGGAGGACCAGGACAGAAAGAAGGAGAGCGAAACCUCGAUAUCAGCUUUAGAACAAAAAAAUGAAGGAGACAUGGAGGAAGAGGAGCGAAUAGUAGGUCUGAAAACUGCAGAUGAUGAAGACGAGAUAGAAGAGAUGAGAAGAGACAGGAGAAGUUUGGAUCAAGGGUCAGUUCAGAAAAAUGAAAGAAAAGAAGAGUGUGAAGGAGGAGGAGACACAAGAAGAGCUGAGGAGAAGAUGAUGUCUAAAGAAGCAACAGCAGAAAGAGGAGAGAGCAUUUUAAAGAAGUCUGCGUCAGAGCAAGGACUGAAGCAGGAAAACAAAAUGGAGGAGGAGACCAAAGACACAGCUCCAACUGAAGCUGAGAGGACAAUUCACGAGAUCCAACUCAAAUCCAAAACUGAACCAGGAUCUAAAGAAGAGCAGAGCCAAGUGUUGGAGAAGGAGCGAGAAGAACAGAGCAGAGAACAUUCAGGGCCAUCUUCAGGCUGUGGUGAUGACUCAAUGAGAGGAACUGUGGAAGUGCCAAGUCUAAAGAUGCUUCAUGAUCAGACCAGAAUAAGUCCUGGACCAAAUGCUAAGAUCCUUCAAGACCAGACCCAAGAAAGUACAGAGAUCAUACAAGAAGAGACCAAAACAAGUCCAACUGAGAUGCACCAAGACCAGACCAGAGCAAGUCCAAGUUCUAAGAUCCUCCAAGACCAGAUCAGAGAAAGUCCAGAGAGUCUUCAAAACCAGACCAGAGAAAGUCCUGAUCCAAGUCCAACAGAGAGCCAACAAGACCAGACCAAAAGUCCUGGUCCAAGUACAAAGAUUCUUCAAGACCAGACCAGAACAAGUCCAACUGAGGUCUUUCAAGACCAGACCAAAGCAAGUCCUGGUCCAAGUGUUAAGAUCCUUCAAGACCAGACCAGACAGAGUCCAAGUACAACUGACAUGCUCCAAGACCAGUCCAGAACAAGUCCAAGUCCAACUGAGAUCCACCAAGACCAGACCAGAACAAGUCCAAGUCCAACUGAGAUCCUUCAGGUUCAGACCAGAGAAAGCCCAAGUCCAAAUCCUGAGAUCCAAACUGACCAAACAUCUGCAGAAGAUGGAGGAUCAGAUAGGAGAGAACCCUCAGUGAAAAACGAGUCUGCAGGUGCAAGCAGGAGGAGCAGUUUGUCCGACUGGGAACUGUUGCAGCGACCAGAGGACUGGAGUGAGUCCGAGGAUCAGGAUCUACAGAGGGACCAGGAACUAAACCAGGUCAGAUACCUUGAGAAAGUCCAGGAGAGCACCCUAGACCAACACCAACAGAACAACCAGGGUCAGGAGAAGAACCAGAAGAAACCAGAGGAAUAUUCAGGGUCUGAGGUUCAAAAGAAGAAAACAAAACAAGACCCAAUCCAAGACCAAGAUCAGAACCAGGACCAAAUCCAAACUCAGAACAAGGACCAAGAAAGAGUUCAAGACCGGGAUCUAAGCCAGGACCAAGAAAAAGUCCAAGACCAGGACCAAGACAAAGAUGAAAAGUCAAAACUGGAACUAGACCACAAUGGUUCUGCUGUGAAAGACAAGAACACAGAUAAAGGGGAACAAGUCAAACCUGGAACCAGAGACCAACACCAGACUCAUAAAUGUUCAGAGACAGAGGAGGGAGAAGAGGAUAGUCCAGAGUCCAGCGACGAAGAGGAGGAAGAGGAAAAGGGGAAGGGCCAGAAGUGUGCCCAGUUAGCCACAUUAGCAGUUAGCACAUCCUCCCAGAGUGAAUCUGAUUCAGACGUACCUCCAGAGACUGAAGACUGUCCCUCCACCACCGAGAAAGACCUAGAGUCUGAAGAAGACCAGGACCAAGACCAAGACCAGGACCAAGACCAGGUUCAAGACCAGGACCAAGACCAAAAGGAAACCAAUGAAGGCUCAGGAGAUCCUCCUUCCGACCCUUGUCUAGACCCUGUUCCGGGUCCAGUUAGAGACCCAGUCCCAUCAGAACCCCAUCCUGAAUCCUGCACAGUGGACCCUCAGAUCCAAACUGAGGCCAGGAGAAGGACUAGGACUAAACCCAAGAUCCAGGGAUCCAGGACAGAUCUCAGCCGAACCCGAUCUAGUUCUGAGAGAAGGUCUGGUUCUGAAGGUCCAGUCUAUGUGGACCUGGUCUAUGUACCAAACCACGGCAGCGCCAAAACCUCGGACCUGGAAUUCUUCAGACGAAUCCGGAGCUCAUACUACGUCAUCAGCGGCAACGAUCCCAAAAACCAUGAACCCAGUCGCUCUGUGCUGGACGCACUGCUGCAGGCCAAGGCUGAAUGGGAGCACAAUAUACAGGUGACUGUGAUCCCCACUGCAGACUCUGAAGUCCUCAGAGACUGGUACCAACAGAACCACCAAGUCCAAACGGACCUUAACAUUCUGGUUCUGGCCUCCAGCUCCACCGUCGUCAUGAGCAACGAGUCCUUCCCUGCCUGCAAGAUCCAGUUCUAGACUGGGACCAAACCAGGACUGAGCCAGGACUGAACCAAGACUAAACCAGGACUGAAUAAGGAUUAAACCAGGAUUGAGCCAGAACUAAACCAGGACUGAAUCCCAACUGAACCACUGCUAAACUACGACUGGACCGGGACUGAAUCAGGGACUUAACCAGGAACAAAAGCAGGACUGAACCAGGACUGAGCCAGGAACUAAACCAGGGCCCCACCCGGACCAAGACUGAACCAAGACCUAAACCAGAAACUAAACUAGGACUGAACCAAGAACUAAAUCAGGACUGAACCAGGAACUAAACCAACUAGACUAAAACAGACUGAUGCAUGCAAAAUCCAGUUGUUUAAAAAAAAGUUUGUUUGUGCCUUCAGCUUAAUAGGUUUACAUUGAACUGCUCCACCUGUCUGUGGGCUGUUGUACUGCAGCUGUAAAGCAAAAAAGACAUGGCACUUUAAAGGUUUAACCAAUCAGAGCAGAAUAUAUCUGACCUUUGGCCAAUCAUAUUCUAGCAUAACUUUCAAAGGUUUAACGAAAUCUUAACUGAUAUUUGUUUAAUAUAUUAUCUGUUUAACUGUUUAUCUUAUGCCAUUCCAUUUUGUCGUAUCCAGUUAAUGCUCACCGCUAAGUUGCUAGUAAGUUGCUGUGGUUCGAGUGCUGCGCUGUCUGAAAAGUGAAAUGCAUUGUAGGGAGUAGUAGUGAAGUGCAGAGAGAAUGUGUGCAGUGAAGUGCGGAUCAAAACAUUCUUAAGAAUUAUAACACUCUGCACACUUCACACAUAUGAAGUCCACAAGUGUGUUUUAUGUUUAGAAAUGUGUGUAUUAAGUCUUAAAUCAAAUAUUUUUGUUCAUAUGGAAUAAGUGUAAGAGUCUGGAGUGCUGAACCAAUUAGGGUGACCAGAUUUUCAAAACUGAAUACUGGAACACACCUGUAUUGGAAUGGUUGGUAUAAAUAAAAUUAUGUAAAGAGCG